GGUUACAAAGAGAAGCUCAAGAUCGACAUUGAACAAAUUACUUUUGGGCAGGUUUCAUGCGCUUACAUAAACAUGGAAUUCACCUUUAUAUGGACGUGUCGCUAAAGAUCAUUCAAACAUAACACCCAAGACAAGACUUUUUACAGAUGAGGAUCAGAUAGGCUUCAGCGCAAUCAUAUGUGAUUGCUGUAUUAGAAGCUGAAUGACAUUGAUUUGAAAGCAAACAUGAGUCAACAUUUACUGAAGCGAGUCUUGAAGUAUGGUGUCCUUGGUAGCGGGAUUGGAGGUUCCACAGUCUACCUUUGGAAAAAUGACUGGGAAUUGACUAGUAUAGGUGUGGUCCGAUUUGGACGAGCUGCAUAUGUGGCACUGCGGAUAGGUGUAGAUUAUAAAUUAAGCUUACAUAAUCAAGACAGCUCCUCACCAGCGUACCGAGAAUUGUUGUCACAGAUUCAUGUCCGUUCUGCCCUUAGAUUACGUGAUAUGAUCUGUAAGAAUGGUGGUGUGUUUAUCAAGGUUGGACAGCAUGUUGGCACCCUUGACUAUUUGCUUCCAGAAGAAUAUGUCGGUACAAUGAAGGUCCUUCAUAACCAAGCUCCACAGUCAGACCUGACUGACCUUCAGAAAGUGGUAGAGGAAGACUUAGGCAAAAAGGUGUCACGGAAACUGGGAAAACUGUACAGUGAGAUGAUAUUUGUACAGGGUUACGUCCACUGUGACCCACAUCCAGGUAACGUCCUUGUGAGGAACACUGAAUCAGGAGUGGACAUCAUUCUGCUUGACCAUGGUCUUUACCAGUCUCUGACUGACGACUUUCGCCUUCACUACUGUAAGAUGUGGAUGGCCAUGAUCAACGCUGAUGUAGAAGGGAUCAAAGAACAUGCUAUUGCACUGAAUGUUGGAGAUUUGUAUGGAUUGUUUGCUUGUAUGUUAGCAGCUAGAUCUUGGAGCUCCAUAACAUCUGGAAUGGGAAACACAAAAAUAACACAGGAUGAGACGGACGAGAUAAAAUCCUAUGCUGCUGCUCUGUUGAUACAAAUAUCGGACCUUCUGAACCGCGUUCCUCGACAGUUGCUGCUUAUCUUAAAGACAAACGAUGUACUGAGAGGAAUAGAGACCUCUCUACAGACACGUGCCAAUGCCACGUCCUUUAUAAACAUGUCCCGAUGUUGUGUCCGUGCUGUAGCGGCAGACAAGCUACAAAAGUGUCACACUAACCUUGAAAUACUCAAAGUCAAACUUGGUUGUCAAUGGCAACUAUGUAAAAUUGGAGUGUAUGAAAUGUUCUUGUGGUUGAAGUCUUCAUAUCUUGGCAGUUUUAUCUUUAACAUUAGAAAUGCUCAACUUUUAGGAAGGUAACAUAUUGAUUAAUUAGGAUUACAUUAAAUGAGAAUAUAUUAUAUGCUCUAUUAAAGGUAUGUAUCAUUAAUACGGUCAUUUAGAGACAGAUAUACUGGAAUGAUACAGCCAAAAAACAGUUAAAGUACAUCCUUUGUUUGGAGUUCUCAUUCUAAACAGUAUUAACAAGUGAUAUUUGUAUGUAUUUGUCAGAAAACUGGUUUUAUGUGUUGAUAAAUAUUAAAUGUCAUGUUGUGACUUGAUGACUGACAUAUGGGGAUUUGAUGUGAAGUAUGUAAUUAUAUAAUCACAUUGUCUUUUAUUUAAGAUUAAAAAGUGAUUAUGCAGGAAUGAGAACAGCACACAAUCAUUCAUUCGGUCAGUUAUAUAAUUUUACUGGUUAUCUGAACACCUGGUUAGAGCCUCACAGCUUACCUAAUAACAGCAUGAUAGAAGUACCUCAUACAAAAAGUAACUCUGUUUGUGACUUAUUAAUUCUGAAUUUAAAGUUUGAAACUGAAAUUGAUUAUAUUUUUUCAACAUAUUAGAUUUUGAGGUUUAAAUUAGGUAACUGUAUUAGUAUUACAUAAAAUCGAGUGAAAGGGGCAUAUUUAUUUCACUAAUAUUCAAAUGUUUUCAGGGUUAUUCUCAUUUUCCUGACUUUUAUUUUGGAGUGUGUAGUGAUAUUUGUUACUCUGUGGUUUUAUGUUUUGAUAUUAAAGCAAGAAAUAUAAUGUGAUUCUUACAAUGUAAAUGAAUAUAAUCUAAAGUUUCUAUUUAAUGAAAAAAAAUUAUUUUGAAUUUAAAAAUCCUUUUCAUAUAUACAUUGAUAUUGGGCUAUUCCAUUAAAACAUCUACCUGACCCCAGGACUCCAGAAUGAAUUGUUUCUGUCCAUGAUUUCUUACCUCUUACUUCUAUUAUCCUAAGAAAUUUUAAAAGUGGUACCCCUAAUCAAAAACUAGGAUGUGGUAAAUAUUUUAAUGGAAUAGCCCUAAUGUAGUUUUGGAAUGAUAAAUGCCAAAAACAGAGUAUAUCAUACUAUAUCAAAAUAUAUUAUCUCAAUAUAAAAAAUAUCAAGUGUACAUGUACUUAUAAAUGAAUUAUUUUCAAAAUGACAGCACAUCCCCAGAUGAAUUUCUUUGUGUUAAUUUUCUUUAUAGACAAUCAUGCUUUAUAACUGUUGUGUAUGAUUAUCCUUUAUAUGAAUAAAUUAUGUAUGAUGAUUUUAAGUUGUAAAAUGAAAUUAAGUAACAUAACUAUAAUGUGUGGUAGACUAUAAUUUAUUUUUUCAAAUUUUAUCUGCCAUCUAUAUCUAUUAAGGAAUGAGUGCGAAAUAUAUAAUUUGUUAUGUUUGAUUGUAUUGUGAUAUGUUAUUAAUUUACAGUAUUAUAUUUGUAUAUAAUAAAUAUCAUUAUCAAUACUGUACUAUAUUUAUGUCUGCAUCAAGAGUUUGUCUGUCAGCCAGAGCCCUCAAUCCUAGGUGUACUGUUGAAGCAAGUGUUUGUCAGGUCUUUAUGAAGUGUUGAAACAAGACUUUGUCUGUCGGUCCUACAUGGCAUGUACUGGAACUGCUGAAGCAAGAGAUUGUCAGUCCUUGGUGUACUGUUGCAGCAAAAGUUGUCAGUCUACAUGUUCUGUUGAAGCAAGAGUUUGUCAGUCAUAUGAGUACUAUUGAAGCAAGGGCUUGCUAGUCCUAUGUGUGCUGUUGAAACAGGAUUUAGUUUGUCAUUCCUACGUGUACUCUUCACGAAAGAGUUUUUCUAUAUUGCCCUAUGUAUAUAGACUUGAAGAAAUUGUCUGUCAGUCCUAUGUGUUCUGUUGGGCAGACUUAAAUAUACUAAUAUAUGCCCAUGGCUGAGCCAAAAUGUUUUCUUUAAUAGUUCUAAGUGUUCUGUAUGUACAGUCGAGCAAGAGUUGGGUUGUUUGUCAGAUUUAUAUGUACUUAAAUGUAUCUAUGCCUGGACUUGAGCCAAGCAUUUGUCUUUCAGUCCUACAUGUACUUUUCAGCUACAUACUUACAUAUACUAAUAUGUGCCCAUGAUUGAGCCUGGAGUUUGUGUGUCAGUCCUCUAAUGAUUGUUUAAGAAAGAGUUUGUCUGUCAGUCCUACACUAAUAUAU